AUGGAAAAGCUCCUCCUCCACGCCGCCCGCCGCGGCAAAAAGCACCACCACACACUCCUCACCCUGCUGCUCAAAUCCGGCGCCAACCCCAACGCCGCCGACGCGCGCGGUGCUACCGCGCUGCAUAAAGCGAGCCACGCGGGGCACCACGCCAUCGUUGUUCUGCUGCUCGCGCACGGCGCAAUCGCUUCGCUCACGGUUCACAAGACGCAGCAGACGCCGCUGCACCUUGCUGUUGCGGGGCGGCUGGAGCCAGCGCUGCUGGGGGUUGGGGUUGGGAGUGGGGAGCUGGGGGAGCUGGGGGCGGAGAUGGAGGGGGUGAUGACGGCGCUGCUGAUGGGGGUGGGGAUGUGGAUGCGAGGGAUGUGA